AUGGACCCGGUGCAAGGCAACAAUCAGAAAAGGACCACAUACUGGAAUAGGAUUCAUGCUUACUUCCACGAGAACAAAGACUUCUCCUCUAGUCGCAAUGCGAACUCUCUAAUGCAUCGUUGGAGUGUUAUUCAAGAGCAUGUUAACAAGUUCGUAGGAUGUAUUGCCCAGCUCGAGGCUAGGAAGCAAAGUGGAACGACAAUUGAGCAAAGACUUGUGGAAGCAAAAACUUUGCUCGAGUCACAAGAAAAAGAGGAGUUUAAAUUCCUUCAUUGCUGGUCCAUAUUGCGUAAUCACCCCAAGUGGUUACAACAGCAAGCUUCCAAAGAGAAGUCAUCUCAGAAAAAACAGAAGGCUGCUGAAGAUGCAACUCUAGGUGAUUCUACCAGCAAGCAUCUAGAUGAUGAAGAGGUUGUAGGUAAUGAUGAUGAAGUUCCAAUUAGACCACCGGGUAAGAAGAGGGCGAAAGAAGCACUACGUAAGGGUGGAGAUCGUGCGUACAAUGAUGCUUUAGCUUCAUUUUGGGCCAAGAAACAAGAGUAUGAAGCUGAAAAAGAGCGAAAGAAAAAAGAGAGCAAAUCUACUUCAGUAACCGCUAGAAGGAGAUCGUUGCUCGUUCCAUGCCUCAGGUUGAGAGAUGAUGCAGGGAGAACAGGGGAUGUGAAGAUGCCUGGUUGA